AUGUCAAUAUGGAUUCAAAGUGCAUUUCAUGUGAGAGAUAUGACUCCUAAUGAUACAUAUAUUGUAUCACGAGAUAAAUUAUCACCAAAAUCUGAUGUUCAAAUAACUGUUAUGGAUAAAGAUACUGGCAUAGAACAAGCAUCAACCCGAUGGAGUAAUGGUGUACAUCAAUUUUUACAAUUGAAACAUAUGAGAAGAAUAACACCUGAAUCAUUAAAAGCUGUUUUUAUAUCAAAUAUGUCGUUUUUUAAACGAUGUAGAAAUCAUAUUAUUGGUUUAACAGGUUCAUUAGGUUCGUUCGAUGAACAAUUACUUUUAGAUAAAGUUUAUCAACUUCGAUUUUUUGAAUUACCAAGAUCGGCUGUUUUAAUUAUUUGUGAAAAUGUUAAAAAUGUUUUAAUUCUCAAAGAAUAUUUAGCAAAUACAUAUCCAAAUGCUAAAGAUUAUAAAAGUGCUUAUGAAGACUUUCAUAUCGAUCAAUUACAUCCAGGUGAUACUCUUAUCUCAACAAAUCUAGCAGAUCGAGAUACUGAUUUAGAAACAUCAAAGAAAUUAGAAGAAAAAGGCGGUUUACAUGUAAUUACAACUUAUUUACCAACAAAUAUUCGAAUUGAAAUGCAAGCAUUUGGUCGAAUAGCAAGAAAAGGAAAUCAUGGUACUGGGGAAUAUAUUAUUCAAAAUCAAUAUGAUCUUUCAAUUGAAACAUUAAAACAAUUAAGAAAUCAUCAAGAAAAACAACGAUUAGAUUCUUUUCUCAUGAAUGAUUUAUCGAAAGUAAAUAUUGAAGAAGAUUUAUUACAAGGAUUUCAUCAUGAGAAUUUAUCUUGUCUUGGUUUUAUAAAGUUAUAUCAAAAAAUAGAAAAACAAUUAUCCGAUGAUCUGAAUCUUGUCUACUAUGGUUAUCAAUACAUUCGAUUUCUAUUGAAUAGUUUAAAAAAUCGUUGGGCUUUUUGGUUAGAUUCAAUGAGUGAAUCGAUCAAUAUGAUAAAUAUGAUUGGCAAAAAGAAAAUUAUUGAAAAAUUCAAUGAAUUUCAAUUAACUAUUGAAAAUGAUCUUAAAGCGAAUCAUUUUCGAAAAUUAGUUCUUGAACCAAAUCAAACCUAUCAAUUGACAAAUUUUGAAAAUUUUCGAAAAGAUAAAAUUGAUCAAAUAAUAAAUUUUAUCUGUGAAAAUCUUCUUGAAAAACUUAAAAAUCGAAUUCUUGCACCUGCGCUUAAACAUGUGGCAAAUCAUUUUGUUAGUCGAGGUGUUGAACAUUUUCUUGGUGCAGAUCGUAUCGAACAAAUAUCAAAUACAUUUGAAUUAAUACAUGCAGCUGCAAAUCCACUGACUAAGAAAACACAGUAUGCAGAUGCUUUAACUAUUUUUCUAGCAGAUGCACUUAUCGAUAUGAAACAAAUAUAUAUGGAUCCUAAGAAUGUUUACCCAGAAAAUGGGGAUGGCAGAAGUCUACAACAAAUGUAUCAUUUGUACGGGGAUAAAGUGAAAACAUAUGUUGAUAAAAAUGGUAAAAUUUAUGUACGAAGACCGAUAUCACGAGAGUAUUAUCGAAGUAUUCGAGGUGAUAAAGCAGCAGGUCCACAUGAACAACAAAAGAUAGAUGCAAUAUUAGGAUGUGUUGUCACAAAAAAUGAAAGUAUCAAUAAUGAACAGAUAUGUACUUUGAGUCGACCAAAUGGUUCAGCAAUUACAUUCCUUAUUAGAGAUAAUGGUGAUGGCAUAAAACAUGCAGAAUUAUUAAUCGAUGGAGAAUCAAUUACUAUGGAUAACAAGAGUCAAAAUAAAAAUGAUUGUUAUUACAAUGUUGUACUAGUAGCAAAUGAAAUAUCUCAAGGUAAAUCAUUUGAAGACGCAAUGAAGAUUUUUGACAAUGAAAGUGUUGUUAAAAAUUUACGAGAAAAUGUUUCUUUAGCCAUAAAAAUGAUGAAACAUUGUUGA